AUGGCGACCGCUCAAGCUUCUCCGGCUGCUUCAGCCCCCGCGGCUGCUCCAGCUGCACCUCCUCAGACCAGCAGCAAUGGCGCCAAUGGCAACAGGCCCAAGCGACCCAACCCCAGCGGCAACAAUCGCAGCUGGAAGCAGAAGAAGACCAAGCGGGAGAAGAACAUUACCGAGGGGUCCUCAGAGGAAGUUUUGCGAUACGACAUCGAGGCUCUCCUAGAAUCGCGCAGAUCCGAGACAGAGACACCAGCUGACGGCGAGACUACCGCGGCGCAAGAAGACCUGCCCGCUGAAGGAACCGAGACCGAAGUCGAAGUCCUCGAGCUCUCUUCCACCGGCGAUGGCUUAGCCAUGAAGCCCGGUUCCAAUCAAGUCUACGUUGUUCCCUUCACCGUCCCCGGAGACAUCGCCAAGGUGAAAGUCUUCCGCCACCUGCGCCGCGAGAACCAGACCGUCGCCGACUUCGUCUCCAUCGUCAAGCCCUCCCCGCUGCGCGACGACUCCCGCAUCCAGUGCAAAUACUUUGCCACCUGCGGCGGCUGCCAGUUCCAGAUGCUCGACUACGCCGAGCAGCUCCGCCGCAAGAGGAGGAUCGUCGACAAGGCCUUCCAGAACUUCGCCAACCUCUCCGCCGAGCUGGUCCCCGCCAUCCUCGACACCAUCGGCAGCCCCCUGCAGUACAGCUACCGCACGAAGCUGACGCCUCACUUUGACGGCCCGCCGGGCUUCCACAGCAGGAGGAAUAAGGGCGGUCCCAAGCCCAAAUUCGAGAGCUGCCCUGAUAUUGGCUUCAUGCGCAAGGGCCAGCGCAAAGUCAUGGAUAUUGAGGACUGCCCCAUCGGCACCGACGUCGUCAGGCAGGGCAUGAAGCGCGAGCGAGAGAGGAUGCAAAAGGAGUUUGGAGACUACCAGCGAGGCGCAACCAUUCUGCUCCGUGAAAACACCCAGCGUUAUCCCGUCAAUGCCACGGGCGAUGCUGCUGCUGCACCACCCAAGCAAGAAGACCUCGCCCCUUACACCAUCCGCAACGACAGCGAGUUUGGCAUCGACAUCAAAACCUGCGAAACCGACUCCAAGGCCACCACUCACGAAUACAUCCGCGACCACCACUUCACCAACCCCGCCGGCUCCUUCUUCCAGAACAACAACUCCAUCUUGCCCGUCUUCACAGACUACAUCAAGGAGCAUGUCCUCCCGCCCUCGUCUCCCUCAUCCAUCAAGUACCUCAUCGACGCCUACUCCGGCUCGGGCCUCUUCACAAUCACCCUGGCCUCCGUCUUCCAGCACUCCACGGGCAUCGACAUCGCCGCCGACUCCAUCGCCUCUGCCCGCCACAAUGCCGAGCUCAACGGCCUCGGCGAAGACCGCUGCAAGUUCAUUGCUGCUGACGCCGGCGAGCUCUUCAAGAACGUCUCCUACAACGCCGACGAGACGACCGUCAUCCUUGACCCCCCGCGCAAGGGUUGUGACGCCGAUUUCCUCGGCCAGCUGAGACGCUUUGGACCCAAGAGGGUCGUCUACGUCAGCUGCAAUGUUCAUACCCAGGCUCGCGACGUGGGAGUCUUGGUGAGGGGCGAAGGAGAAGGCAAGAGAUAUGAGAUUGAGAGCCUGAGAGGUUUCGAUUUCUUCCCUCAGACGGGACACGUUGAGGGCGUUGCUGUUCUGAACAGGGUAGAGAGCUGA